AUGCGUUUUACUCUCGUCUUCAAACGCGCUCUUCUUUCACUGGUGAUUCUGUCGUCGUGCAGCGGCGAAUCGGCGUUCGCGAAGAGGAGUAAAGCACACGACCACGAUCGAUUACCAGGAUGGCACGGAGAAAUCCACUCCGUGGAAGACACGAUCGCGCAGAGGAAACAAGAGCUGAGGAAAACCAGGUGCUCAGAACGAGUGAAUAACAACAGUUUUACCGUCUCGUUCGGAAGUGAUUUUGGUGAAAGUGCAGCCUUUUGCCCUUUGGAGGUGACCGAGCGCACCGCGAGCGCGGCGAACAUUUUCAACACGAACGAGGAAGAGGAGGAUCGAUGGUGCCCAGGCGAACCGGUGUCUUUGUACGACGUGGACAAUGUUUUGAAAGGGAACUAUAAGCACAUGGCGAUGGUGGAAACUUUGCCGUGGAAAGGACCGGCGCGAGGGAACGUGUUGCUCGCGUGGCAAACGAGCGAGAAGAUUGAAGGGACGAAACAAAGGAUAGUGAUGGCGGAAGCGGACGGAAAGGGGGAGCAUUUGCGGUUUAAAGCGCUGACGGCGAACGAGCAGAGGAAGAUUUUCGCGGACGUGGGGAGUUAUAGCGUGCCGACGGACGCGGGUGAAAACGGCGCGGUGUGGGGUCCGGUUUUGUUCGCCAAUCCGAAGAAAAACCACGAGAUUUGGUUGUUUUAUUCGCAAUCGAGAACGAAUGGGUGCGGGUCUCGAGUGCCGGGGAUGGAUUACGCGCCGGGAGGGGAUAUUUUGGCGAAGAAGUUUAACGUAGUUAGCGGCGCGUGGACGCACACGGAGAAGAUCGUGUUGAGUCAGGAUUUUGACGACGGGAUACCGAAAGUCACCGCGAAUAAACCGAUCGUGUUAAGACGGUCCGGUAGAUGGGUUCUGCCGUAUUGGAACGAACGCGCGAUGUUAGAAUCGCCAUCGGUCAAUCCAGAGAAAUGUUCAAAACUGAACGGAAAAGAAGGCGCGGGCGUUUUACUUUCCGACGACCACGGCGAAUCUUGGUAUCCCUCCGAAACCAUUCGAGGUCGAAAUACGUGGUUGAUUGAAAACGCCGUCGUCGAAUUGGAAACGGACGACCACUUACUGAUGGUCUUUCGAACCAAAGCUGGGUACGUGUUCCGCUCGGAAUCUCUCGACGGCGGUCAAACGUGGACGGACGCGUCGGCGAUGAAAGACGUCCCGAAUCCAAACUCGAAAAUCGACAUGAUUCGUCUCCAACCGAGCGGUUUACUCGCGCUCGCGUUCAACGACCACGCAAAACAUCCCGCCAAAGGGUGUUCCCGAUGCCGCACCUUUCUUAAAGUCGCCGUAUCCUCAAACGACGGUAAUACCUGGACUCGAAUUCGUGAACUCGAAAUGGACGUCGACGGUUCCUUACGCAGUCACUACCCGACGCUGCUCCAGCGCGGGUGCGAGGUGUUGGUCGCGUACAGUAAAUUUUACAAGAUUGAACCCCCACAAGGAAGCGCAGACGUCGAAGAGAGUUUAGCCAGGCAAGGUAUUUACGUCGCCAGAGUGCCGUUAAUUUAG